AUGGUUGUUUCUGGUUUGCCUGAAAGGAGAGAUGAUCAUGUUUCUCAAAUUGCACAAAUGUCUCUUGCUUUAUCACAUAAAGUCAAAAAUUUUACAAUAAGGCAUAGACCCAAUGAACAAUUAAAAUUAAGAAUUGGAAUUCAUUCAGGCAAAAGAUUAAUUUACAAAUUAUUUUUCCCUCUUUUUUAG